AUGCAGUUUAGACCUUACCUGAGACGAAGAGGAAGAUUGCUUCAGUUUUCAGGUCGCCGAAAUCGAGAGUUGCCUUCUAGUCGAUGGUCGAUGGUUGCUUCAAUGGUUCGAUCGUUGGCUGCUUCAGUUGCCAUAAAGAACAAUGUCGAAGGGAGUCUCCUCCACUUAAAGAAUUUAGGUUGUGCUGCGAAGGCAAGGCAGGCGGAGGGCGACGGCGAAACCGGGAAGGAGCAGAGGUCGCAGCGGUGCGGCGGAAGGCGAAUACGCAGCAGUACCUUGUCUUGA